UCAGAACAGAGUCGUCAGUCGGACUUUCCUUGGUAUUUCCAUUUUUUUGUGCGCGUCCCAAAUCGUGCCACAAAUAUUGGCGGUUAUAAAGUUCAGUGAUGAUUCAGAGCUUCUUCUCGAGUCCAUCACACCAUUUAUCAUCGAUGCUGUUUCCUUGGCAAAAUUUAUCUCUUGUUUGUGUACUUCUAAAACGACAGCGGCUGAAAAUGUUAAAUCGUGUCCGUGAAGACUGGGGAAAGUGGGAUGGAGAACGAGAAAUCAAAGUGCUUCACGUAUACGCUGAAAUUGGGAAAAAAAUGACGACCAUUUAUACAGUUGGGGUGUACUUCACAACGAUACUGUUUAUUUCACAACCGGCAUUGCCCAAACUGAUCGACAGCUUGUUGUACAACGGCACGGAGCCAGGAGAAUUUCCCUUUCCAGUUUAUUACCCUCACCUGGAUCAGCAAAAAUACUAUUUUUAUAUAAUUGCUUAUACUUAUGUCGGUACAUCGAUGGUCCUUACAAUCACUGUUGCUAACGAUACCAUGUUUAUUCUUCAUGUUCAACAUGUUUGCGGUGUGUUCGCUGCCAUAGGGCAAAAAUUAAAGCGAGUAGGAGAAGAAGAAGUAUCGACAGAGGGCAGAGACAUUGAUUUCGAGAAUCUUGCCAUCUGCAUCGAUCGCCAUAACGAUGCUAUUAAAUUUGCGAAGCUCAUUGAAAACUUGUACAGUCCGGCUUUUUUCUUUGUCGUUGGACUCAAUAUGAUAUGUAUGAGUGUGACGGGACUUCAGAUCCUUACGAGAAGCAGCAAUCCUGAAGAGACUGUAAGAUUCGUUGCUUUUGUUGGUGCGCAAAUGUUUCAUCUGUACAUCGAAUCCUACAUUUCGCAAAUUUUAAUGGACCACAGUCUGAGUAUUCGUGAUCAUAUCCAUUCUUGCAAGUGGUACAACAUUUCGUUGAAGGCACAGAAGCUCCUGGGUACUAUGAGCAUGCGUUGUAACACCCCUUGCAAACUGACUGCGGGAAAGAUUUGCACUAUGUCCAUCGAAACUUUUGGAGUGGUGGUCAAAACAUCGGUGUCGUACUUUACCCUUUUUCGAUCCAUGCAGUAACGAAACGAGUUGGAUACCCCUCGAUACGCUUACACGGUUUUCGUAGGCUCUCACCAUUUAGUCAAUACGGACGAAUAAAAACAACGAUAUUCAAGCCUGGGCAGUUGACUUUUUCAGUGAAAUUCGAUCAGGUGGCGACGUGGAUUGUACGAUGAAUCCCAGGGAAGUCCGCAGGGAAGUUGGCAAAAAAUCAGCACAAUCGUUUUUAUUUUUUUUCUACUCAUAGAGAGAGUUGAAUCAUUUCACUGAUGGACUACUUUCAAAGUUGUCAUUUGUGAAAAGAUACCAAAGCGUUCGUUCGUUAUUGGGAAAA